AUGGAAGUCCAUACUCGCGACCUGCAUCGCGGUCAAAGAAUGUCUGACGAGGCUCGAUCGGAAAGAACCGAAGAACAGGUUGAAGAGGAAGUGACGAACUACGAAAAGUUCGCCAGAAAGUUGGCAGAGGUAGAAAGAAUGUUAGACGUCGAACAGGCAGAACGACAGGAACGGAGGCAAAACAGGCCGCGUAAAAAAAGGCGUAUCGCAGCUGAAAAUCCAAGGGCAAACAGUGCAGUACACCAAGUUCGUCCGACUGUCCCUGUGGAAUUGGGGCUCGCUCCUAAUCCAACGAAUCCAACCCUUUUAAACUUUUCUGGAAUACCCAACUUCACUGGUCAAUCUCUCUAA